UUGUGGCUGCCUGAUGGUGGGGACAGAAACGAUCACGGAGGCAGCGAGUGGGAGGAAGCCAACCGAGUUGGAAACACCGCGGAGCCGCAAACUCGCUCCCGCAGAAGGCUGAGCUGGUCCGGCGGUCGGGGCGGAGGCAGACGGUGGCGACGCGGACCGGGUUGUAAUGACUCACGGCGGUAUCAGUUCUCAGCAGCCGUCCCUCCGCGAGCCAGCUGGAAGUUUAAACUUCGCUUCAAACUUUCGGCGGGGCUGCAGCUCGCUCUGAACGCCCGCUCGUUAACGUCGGUUCCACAUGUCCCUGCGUUCUCGGUCAGCCAGGUGAGCAAGGCCGUUGGGCUUCCCGGGAGAGCUGCGCAGGAAACUCGGUUGGUUCCCGGAGCGUUACACCUCCAGCUUUCCGGUGUUUGACUUUCUGCGCGGCCGUUGGGACGCCGCGCGAGACGGGAGCGGAACAGCGCCGCUCGGCUCGGCUCGGUUAUGGACCUACCGGGAAGGAGCGAGACCCGGCGGAGGGUAAGAAAAUCCCCCACGGACGUGAUGGUCGCUCUUGGCUUGUUCUCCCUUCAAGUUCUGUCCAUCCAGGCUGCCGCCAUCCAGUUCACCAAGGAGCCCAAGUCCCAGGAUGCCUUGCACGGUCGCAGCGCGAUGCUGCGCUGUGAGGUCAGUGAUCCGGUCAACAUCGCGUACAGGUGGUACAUCGAUGACGCGCCGCUGGAGAACAACGACAGGCGCUUCCAGGAGGGCAGCAACCUGAAGUUCACCGCCGUGGAUCGGCAGCUGGACGCAGGGAGCUUCGAGUGCGCCGCAGAAAACCACGCCACAGGAGACGAGCUCCGGUCCACCAAGGCGUCCUUUAAUAUCAAAUGGUUAGAAAGUGGAAAUGUGACUCUGAAGGAGCCAGUUUCAAAAGAUGAGAUAAAGAGCUUGUCGCCCGUCGCUUUGCGCUGCCACAUCGACGGACACCCCCGACCAACAUGCCAGUGGUUCAAAGAUGGAGUGAAGCUGACUGAAGCCAGCCAUCAGAUCAACAACAAGGAGAGGACGCUCACGAUCAAGAGUGCCAGUCCAGACGAUAACGGCCUUUAUUACUGCUGCGCCAAAAACGCAGCCGGCAACGUCUGCAGCAGCACCAACUUCACUCUCAACAUCAUAGAUAAAAGCGUCCCACGGCCGGUGGUCAUUCCUGAGGACCGGAUUGUGGUUAGGAACGCUGCGGCAAUCUUCCACUGCCAGUUCACAGCAGAGCCUGAACCCACGUUGGAGUGGUACCAUGAGGACGAGCUGCUGGCUAACAAGUCACGAGUGGUCCUGCUCUCCAACGGAACUCUGCAGAUCACUCAGGUCAAGCCCAGGAACACGGGGAACUACAGGUGUGUCGGCCGUGGUCUCGGAGGCUCCCAGGUCACGCAGAAGGUCUCUCUCCUCAUAGCAGAGAUCGAAGACAUGAUUCCCAGGAAGUCCAAGGUGUUCACAGCCAACACCCUGCAGAGAGUGACCUGCGGACCCCCUCGGGGACGGCCUGAGCCUGAGGUGUGGUGGGAGAAGAACGGUCAGAGGGUUCCCACGGAGGGCAGAGUUCACCAGGAUGGUCUGGAUCUGGUCUUCAGUCCUGUAGAAGAGCAAGAUUCAGGCACCUACACCUGUGUGGCCUCCAACCUAGGUGGACAGAGGGAACAGGAGGUCUCGUUCACUGUUGCCACUGCUCCAGUGUGGUUAACGAAACCUCAGGACAGCAACUUAGAGGAAGGGAGACCAGGUUACCUCCACUGCCACGCUCAGGCCAACCCUCAGCCGGAGGUCACCUGGCUACGUAACAACAUGAAGAUCACACCUGAGGACUCUCGUUUCAAGUUGUUCCCUAACGGCACCCUGAGGAUCAACAACGUGGAGGUGUACGACGCUCACAUGUACGGCUGUGAAGCCAAGACCGUGGGCGGCUGGCUGUCUGGCAGCGCUCGAGUCAGUGUGCUCGAGAAGCUGAAGUUCACACCGACCCCACAGCCUUCCCAGUGCCUGGAGCUGGAUGAGGAGGUCACCAUCCAGUGUUCCGCUAAAGGUCGAGAGAGCCCGACGAUCCGCUGGACCAAAGCAGACGGAGGAGAGCUGCCGCCUCACGUGGAGCAAAGGAACGGUCAGCUUCAUUUCACUAAAGUCACCCGCAGCGACGCCGGCAACUACACCUGCAUCGCCUCCAACAGCCUGCAGGGGGAGAUCAGAGCCCUGGUGACCCUCACCGUGGCCGUUUACAUUCGCUUCAAAGUAGAACCCGAGAGUACGACGGUGUACCAGGGACACACGGCUGUCCUGCACUGCCAGGCCACCGGCGACCCCGAGCCUCACAUCCACUGGAUGAUCAAAGACAAGGCGCUAGACAUCAGCAGGAACAGGAGGUUCCAGAAGAUGCCCAACGGCUCCUUGAUCGUCACAGAUGUCACCACAGAAGACACGGGCCGGUACACGUGUGUGGCUGGAAACAGCUGCAGCAUCAAGGACCGCGUGGCUCAGCUGUAUGUAGUGGACAAACCAGUGCUGUUUCCGAACGGAGAUGACGACAGGGCUCCUUACAAGAUGAUCCAGACCAUCGGCCUGUCGGUGGGGGCGGCUGUCGCUUACAUCAUCGUGGUGCUGGGUCUCAUGUUCUACUGCAAAAAGAGACGCAACGCCAAAAGGCUGCAGAAGGGUCCGGAUGGCGAGGAGCCUGAGAUGGAGUGUCUUAAUGGAGGCGCCGUUCAGCAAAAUGGCCACACCACCGCCGAGAUCCAGGAGGAGGUGGCGCUCACCAACAUGAACACCAUCUCCACAGCAGAGAAGCGCCACAGCCACACCAACGAUAAGCUCCACUUUCCUCGUGCCAACCUCCAAACCCUCACGACGUUAGGUAAAGGCGAGUUCGGGGAGGUGCUGCUGUCCAAAGCAAAGGGCACCGAUGAGAGCGACACAGAGGCGGUGGUGCUGGUCAAGAGUCUGCAGUCCAGAGACGAACAGCUGCAGCUCGACUUCCGCCGCGAAGCCGAAAUGUUUGCCAAGCUCAGUCACCCCAACGUGGUCCGCCUGUUGGGCCUCUGCAGGGAGGCAGAGCCGCACUACAUGAUCCUGGAGUACUACGACCUGGGAGAUCUGAAGCAGUUCCUGAGAAUUUCCAAAAAUAAAGACGACAAAGUCAAGUCUCAGCCAAUCAGCACCAAGACCAAAGUGUCCAUCUGUGCCCAGGUGGCUCGUGGCAUGGAGCAUCUGUCCAAUCACCGAUUCGUCCACAAAGACCUCGCUGCCAGAAACUGUCUGAUCAGCAGUCAGAGGAGGGUCAAAGUGUCGUCCCUCGGCCUCAGCAAGGACGUCUACAACAGUGAGUACUACCACUACAGACAGGCGUGGAUCCCUCUGCGCUGGCUCCCGAUGGAGUCCGUGUUCGAGGACGACUUCUCCACCAAGUCUGACGUGUGGGCCUUCGGAGUGUUGAUGUGGGAGGUGUUCAGUCACGGAGACAUGCCGUACGGCAAGCUCAGCGACGACGAGGUGCUGGAAGGUCUAAAGAUGGGGAAGCUGAAGCUCCCUGUUCCUGAUGGAUGUCCUUCUAAACUCCAUAAGCUGAUGCUGCGCUGCUGGGCGCCCAGCCUCAAAGAGCGGCCAUCUUUUUCUGACAUCGUCCACGCUCUGGGAGAGCUGCCCUCUGACAGCAAAGUCUGAGAUCAGAGGGGAGCGUUUACAGACCCUGCACCCCCCCAGACGUAAAGACCUAAAUGCUGGAUUACUACAUUUCAGGGAAGAGCGUUGAAGAGGAAACGUUUUUAUAUGCAUUUCAGUUCUGGGAGUGGAAACACUCGCGUGGCUCCGCAGCAUGGAUCAGCUUCGUUGUGAUUCCACUGUUUGCAGCAUCUCUGUCUCAGAGAGGCUUUAGUUUCACCCGCAGUGCCUGCACCUCUUCACACACACACACACACACACACACACACACACACACACACACACAUCAUCAUCAUCAUCAUCAUCUGCAAAGCCCAUUAACAGACAAAACUUAUCAAAUCCUAUAAUUAUCAAAGAAUGUGUGAAGUAGGACCUGAUUUGCUUUGAUCUGCUUCGUUUUUACUCCUCCAUCCUAACUUCUGCGGGGAUCUUUAGCCGCCUCUCCACGAGAAGAGCUGUCGUCCUGUUCGUGACACAAAAACAAACAAAUCCACGUUAUGGUUACACUACAGGAACAAACAAACACAUUUUAUAGCCAAGCAAAUGGCCUUUUUUCAUAAAUGUCUUGUUUUUAUUAUAUUUGAGGUGCUUAUCUGACACCACAGAUGGGUGAGAAACCCCGUUACGUAAACAUCAUCAUGUUAGUUGCAGGAACCGAGCCAAUCAUAUUUAGCCUGGAACGUCCACGGAGGUCCCGUUACGUUUUAUUUUGUUACAAGACGGACCAUCGCGCCAGAUAAACGUGUAAAUAAUGUAGAAGCCAUGCACUAACUUCACUUAAAAGAAUAUCCCUCUUUUGUUUGUUUAGAAGGACAUGCAGGUGCCUGUUUGUUUAUGAUGAAGGUCCUGUUUACGUUUGUCAUGCAUUGUUUAUAAUUGGUACUUUGGUGAAGUUGUUAGGUUGGUGUUCAGUCUGGUACAUAACUGAAUAAACUAACACUAAAUAUAAAAGAGUGACUCGCGGUCACCAGAUAAGUGCCUAGUAAAUGAAGGAUUAUUAUUAACAAUCUCCCUUUUUCACGUUAUCUAAUCGAUGGCCUUUGUUUAUGAGCUGGGUUUUAUGUUUUUAUUGUUUUGGUGUAUGAUGUUUGUGUUUUUUAUAUGAAUGCUAGGCGCUCACACCUAGACUUUGUUUUCUUUCAUCUUUCUUCAGCAGAUGUUCACAGUAAUCAUGGAUAUAUUCAAAAGUAUACAUGCUGCUGUCAAUAAACAUUCACAGUGUUUUUACUCAUCA